CGGAACACCACGCGUCCCUUCAUUGCACUUUUCUUGAAGGCGAUUGUAUGAAGCCGGAGAAGCCGCCAUACUUGAUAUCCUGUAUAUUCUCUGCAAAAUCCUGUUCAACACUUUUUCUUCCAAAGUGCAAAUACAUCAUAUUUUACUCAGUCGUUCUCAUCGUCUGGCAAACGGUGGAAGGAUGUCCCGUGAGAGGAUUCCCAUCUCUAGUAGAUGGAUCCAUAACUGAAGACAAUGGCGGGCAAGCAAAUGGGGAAAUAAAACCAGAAGAGGAGCAAGUGACAAUGGGAUCUAAAUACAGGAAGGUUUGUUACUAUACCAAUUGGUCGCAGUACCGCCCCGACCAAGGGAAGUUUACGCCCGAGAAUAUAGAUCCUCAACUUUGUACACACAUUAUCUACGCAUUUGCAAAGAUAGAGAAUGGACAACUUGCUCCAUUUGAAUGGAAUGAUGAGUCGACGGCCUACUCUAAAGGUAACUAUGAGAAGGUGAAUGACUUAAAGAAGAAGAAUACACAAUUGCGAACGCUAUUGGCUGUGGGAGGCUGGAACAUGGGGGUACAACCUUUUACACAGAUGGUCGCUUCCCGGCAGUCCCGACAGCACUUUGUCACAACCAGCAUAGCCUUUCUGUCGAAGCACAAUUUUGAUGGGCUGGAUUUGGACUGGGAGUAUCCAGGUUCAAGAGGAAGUCCCCGUGAGGAUAAACAACGAUUCACUGCACUUUGCAAGGAAUUGCGAGAAGGAUUUGAGGACUCGGCUCAGCAGACAGGAACACCCCGUCUGCUGCUAACAGUGGCCACUGCUGGGGGCAAAGAUAAAAUAGAUCGAGGAUAUGAAAUACGCCAACUUUCAAGAUAUGUUGAUUUCAUCAACAUCAUGAGUUACGACCUGCAUGGUAGCUGGGAUCCAAAAACGGGCAUCAACAGCCCCCUCUAUCGGGACACAUCUGAAGUUGGUAGUGAUGCCACAUUAAACACUGAUUGGAUAAUACAGUAUUACAUAUCCCAAGGCAUGUCACCUGCGAAAAUAACUAUGGGUGUACCAACCUAUGGAAGAACGUUCACGUUAUCGAACCCUUUGAAUUCUGGGAUAGGUGCCCCUGCUUCAGGACCAGGUCAAGCUGGGAGAUUUACCAGAGAAAAUGGUUUCUUGUCUUAUUAUGAGAUUUGUGAAAAAAGGAAGGACGCCAAAUGGAAAGAGUCACUGGACAAGGAACAAAAGUCCUGCUAUAGUUCUUUUGGUGAUCAAUGGGUCGGGUUUGAUGACGAAACAAGUCUCCAGAUGAAGAUGGACUACAUCAAGCAGCACAACCUGGGCGGGGUCAUGAUAUGGUCGCUGGAUUGCGAUGACUUUGCAGGACAAUUCCAGACGCGUGGUUCCUACCCCUUAUUGCGCCAAAUAAACCGUGGUCUAGAUGGCGGAACUGACGUGUCAAGUACACCAAGUUUGCCUUCAACAUCACGUGGAAGUAGAGCAACGGUGCCAACCACUUCAGUCGGGACUCGAACAGCUGCAAGCAGUACAUCCACCAGUCGAACCACAAGGCAACAUUCAGCUGCACCAACAAGUUCUGAACGGUCAUCUACUAGGGCAAAGGCCACAACUACCACUGGAGGUUUGCCCGAAAUGCCAGCUUGUGCCCGUGAUGGUGAUAAGUUCCCAGACCCAACCAGUCCUCAGCAUUACUACGAGUGUAUCCACACUGGAACCCCUCACCAGACUAUGUUGAGAAGACAAUGCCCCGAUGGACUUGUAUUUGAUCCUGACACUAAAAUCUGUAAUUGGCCAAAAUAAAGACUUAGGUCCAAACGCUGUCGCCGCCCAUUAUUACAUAAAAGAUAUGCAUUGAACUAAGGAAAGCUUGAUGUGAUAUUGUAUACAUGAGGUUACAUUAAAAAGAACACCUAAAAUUGGAACGAUUUCCGUCGGCUCCAUGAAGCCAUUGCCUUUCGAAGUCGUAUUUUCGGUACUGUCGCCGAUCAAAGGUGCAUGUAAAUAUGGUGUUGAAAUUUUAUUUCAUUGUUAUGACUCAUUGUCAUUUCAUGGAUUGCUUUUACUUACCAUACAAAGUCUUUCAGAAACGUGUACUCAUUGUUGAUAACGUUUGGAAAAUCUUGAAAAUAUUUUCAAGUCCUACUUCAUUUAAUUAACGGACGCAAAAUCCCUGAAUUUCGACCAAUUAAUUAGUGGUAAACGUCCAUUGUGUUUUUUUUGGGAAUGGCUUGAUUCCAGUGACAGCGUUAAAGAGUCGUUAAAGCCACUCGAUUAAAAUCCCGGAUUAAACUCUAUGUAAUGAAUGGAUGUAUGGACGUGAUUAUGAUACAUUUGAAACCAUAGGAAACAAUUUCUCCGAAUACCUCAGGUGAUUCGGAUGAUUAUAAUAUUUUCAAGGGGCAUUAUCGACUUUAAUUUUUCCAGAGAUGCCAAAACAGCUAUUGCCAAACACAAUUUCACGACAUUGUUAAAUGCAUUUGAAUUGACUUAAACUAUUUAAAGGCUUUUUGAGAGCUUUUUCGUUAUUAGAACGUUGUCGUUGUGCUGACCAAAGGUGGUUUCUAGCAUUUGAGCUGAAGAACUUAUGCACGGAUAAUUCUUCUCAUAUAUACAGUAGCUUUAAUGUCAUAUAUCACUGUAUUUUGCAAAUGUAAUGUAUUUUGAACAUAUGUGAUGUAUUUUGUACAUUUGAUAUACAGUAUUUCAUAAAUAUAGGCACAUUAUAUUGAAGUAUAA